AUGUGGUCCCUUACAAAGCUGGAGGGCACGUCUCUAAACAUUGCGAUUACAUGUGCUUCUGGAGCUGGUUUCAUGCUAUUCGGCUACGAUCAAGGAUUCUUCGGCGGCAUCCUGACCAACACCGCCUUCCUUAACGAGUUCAACAACCCCGGUGCCACGAUGCGAGGCCAGAUCGUGGCAUUGUACGAUGUUGGUUGUAUGAUGGGCUGCUUGGUGAGCAUGUACUACGGCGACAUGCUUGGACGAAAACCGGAAACUGCAGAAGCAAGUCGACGCGGAGCCCUUAUCGUUUUCCAACUUGUGAUGAACAUCGGCGGCAUCAGCUUAACGAACUGGAUGAACUAUGGUUUCACGUUCAUACCCGGGACAGAAGUCUCGUGGCGGUUUCCCAUCGCUUUCCAGAUUUUCUUCGCCCUGGUGACGGUGUCCCUGGUUUGGUUCCUGCCGGAGUCGCCUCGAUGGCUGGUUCAGCGAGGCCGUACAGACGAGGCGUCUGUGAUCAUUGCCCGCUUGCGUGCGAAGCCUACCCACGACCCAAAUGUGCUGGCUGAGAUACAGAUGCUGGAUGCCGCCGUGGCUCUUGAAAUGGAAGAGCAGCACGGCGUUACCGUGAAGGAAAUCUUCUCGGGUGGCAAACAGCAAACACUACGACGCAUUCUGCUUGGCAUGGGUACCCAGUUUAUGCAACAAAUGGGUGGAACCAACGUUGUGGCAACGUAUCUCCCCGUUGUGCUCACGGCGUCUUUCAGUCUGAGCGCUCGCGUGGCCCUCAUCGUAUCAGCCACGGUCUCCAUCUGGCUGAUGAUCUGGGGAGCCAUGUGCGCGCUUGUCAUCGACUCUGUCGGCCGGAGGAAGCUCAUGCUGUACGGAGCCGCCGCCGAGAGUAUCUGUUUCGCUCUCAUCGCAGCCGGUCUAGCCGUCAACACCAACCCGACUCUGAUCAUGGCCAUCGCAUUCAUCUACCUCUACUACACCGCCUAUGGCCUAUCCUUCCUGUCAAUCCCCUUCAUCUACCCAGCGGAGAUUAACUCCCAGCGGAUGCGCAACACUGGAACUUCCUGGUCCACGAUGACGAAUUGGGCUCUCGCCUAUUUGGUCAUAUCGGUCACUCCGGUGGGAAUUCAAAACAUCGGCUGGAAAUACUACCUUAUCUACGCCAUCACCAACGCAGUGUUCGUUCCACUGGUGUAUUUCUUCUACGUCGAGACGAAGAAGCCCAGCUUGGAGUAG